AUGUGGUCUGGUAUGAAAACAUCUAGGAGAUGUGAUCUGGUCAUCAGAAUAUUACAAUUUUUUUUUGUAAUAUAUAAGAUUGAAGGGGGAAAAAAGGAAAUUGAGACCAAUUUGGCCCCAUCCUCACUGCCCUGCCUCUGCCUCUGCCUUUGCCCAGAGCGAGGCUGGAGCUACCGGAGCCUGGCCAUGAAGGCCUCUGUCUUCCUUCUGUUGAGCUUGGACACAGCUGCAGCCAGUGCCAUGCAAUCCUCAGCCACAAGCUCUCUGUCCAGACUCCCCGACAGCAGUUCUGGAUCAGCCAACCCAUAG